AUGACCUGCGUAAAAGAGUUGUUGCAGCUUCCAACGGACGAGGUGCGCGCUUGUGUGUUUCCCCUUUCUGAUGUAGAGGUUACUUUAGUCCUCUGUGAAUUGGGAAAACUUCUGCAGAGAUGGCUUUACGCCACGCGCUACAAGUUGGUUUCCUCAUUCGAGGUAUUUCUUCAUUUAUUUGUGCACGUAGCGGACAGAGAACCGAAAAGGAUAGCCAACGCUUUCCUCGGUUCAUGUAAAGAGGGCCAGCACCUGUCGUUGCUGGCAGAUGUAUGUGAAACCCUCUUCUCACCAUCCCGGAUUUCCCUUCUUGCUGAAGUGGACGUAGAGCUUUUCUUAACAUUCUUAAAGUUCCUCUGUGACAUUCCUGUAUUGAAGGAUCGGCUCGGUAAUGUUCUGGUGAAGAUUCUCCUGGAAUUCCUCUCCGCUGCGGUGGAGCGCGAUGGGGACUACCGUCAACCCCGAGCAUGUGCAAGCGUGCUCAUCACCCUCACACGUGGGUCAAAGGCAAACAAAGAUCGUAUGAAGGUGGAGUGCGACCGUUUGGGGGAGACCCUUGAAAAAACAACUGAUGUCUAUCUGCGACUUCAGUGUGUUGAGUUGCUGUUUCGACUUCACGUACACGACGGAACAAUUUUAGCUACUUCCUCAUUGUGUGGGCUACUGAAGAGGGGUGUGCCAAAGCUUCCAAACGAUGAGCAUUUAUUAACAAACAUGCUGGUCUUGCUAGAGUCCUACGACGCUGACCGAGAGGUCCCACGAAUUCUGCAGUUUACAACAAUCCUUGUUGAAGUGGACAGCAUACAGGUAUGUGGGCCCACGAAAAUUUAUUUUUCCCUAUCUAUGCUAGUAAUUAUGAUGCCGGGGUACACCGGGGACAACAUUACAAUUCCAUAUGAGCAUAUCCGUUCUAUGAAGCUAACUAGGGAACGUAAACUGGGACUUCGUUUGCACGUUGUUCCACCGCAGCUGUCGGGUAUCAUGUCGUUUGAGGCGUUGAAGGACACGUUAACAGUUUCGUUAACGCAGGCGACGGUCGAUGCCUUUCGCGCAUCAGGUAUUCGGGAUUGGGUUGCUGCUAGAAAGAACUUUGCUCCUCUUGGAAGCGCUCGGGAGGUGAGGGACACUUCCACUAAGCUGUAUGCGCUGUCGGUUCCAGAGACGGAGAAACGUGGGAACACCGAAGGAUACAAUGCUGGUGAAGGGCGGGCUGCAAAACGGGACGAAUUGGGGAUGCCUUUCUUGGAAAUCAAAGAGGAGGGGCACCCAUCUGGUGGGGGAAGGGGGAACGGAGACAUGGGGAUGUUUCACGAUCUUAAUGAGGUCGCCACCAGCAAGGUUACGCGAAUGCGCCAAGACUGCCGCCGGGAGCUUCAAUCUGUGUUUCACUUCGCGGAGGAGGAGAUAGAGAAGAUGCGGCGAACAAACGCAUCCGAACGUGAUGCUUUCAACACUUCGUUGAAGGAAGACUUGAUAAUGAUACGGCGCGUGGGGGCUCAAGUGAAAGCGAAAACUGCGGAGUGUGUCGAGUCACUUAACCAGGAGUUGACUGAGACUCAGGCUCUCGGUGAGCUUCUCAGGGAUGAGCUGGGCAAGCUACAAGACAGCCUCACAUCAGCGCUGCACAGCUCUGAGGAAGCUGAAGUGGGGCACCUUAUUGAGCUAAAAACGUUGGUUGACGCAGAAAUGAAAUCUAUUAAAGACAAGUUGAUGAGGCUAGUUUCUUUAGCAGGGCCAUUCCGGACGUUGGGAAACCACACUUUGCAGCGGGAGCCGGUGGCUGGUGCUAGCACAUAG